AUUUGAUAAGAAUUAAGAAAAUUACAAACAAAAAAUCAUUUAUUUAAAAAUGUUCUCCUUAAAGUGUGUUUUAUUUGUGGCUGCCUGCUUAAUUCUAACCGCUUCUGCUUCACCCAUUGAACUGGAGGAAUUGUAUGAACCCCAUCAAGCUCUGGUUGAGGAAUAUGAAUAUGAACCAGUUGUAGUGAGACGUGUGCGAUCACCUCAGGGUGGCAGUAUUGAUUUGGGCGUCAAAAAGGAUGAAUAUGGACGUGAAGCCUCUGUCAAUUACAAUCACAAUUUGUACAGCAGCAGUGAUGGUCAAGGAUCAAUUGAUGCUUAUGCUCAAGCUUCUCGUAAUUUCGACCAUAAUCGCAAUGAUUAUAGUGGUGGCAUCCGUGGAUCCUGGAGAUUUUAAGUUGUAUUUUUAAAAUUUAAGUUUCAUGUUGGAGUAUUUUAGUUAUUAUUGUAUGUGAUGUUUUUGGUUUGAUUUGGAAAAUUUUAACAAAAAGAAUCUUUUAAAAAAAAAUUUAAAAAGAAAAUAAACACUAUUGUUUUAAAAAAAAA